ACUUGUUAGUAUAAAUUGACCAACUUCACCUCAAUUUGUUGAAAAUGGCAGAAUCUAACGAAAGUUGCGAUAAUGGUGAUAAAUCCUUCAAAAGUGCAAUUAUUCUGAUGCCACCGGAAACAGAAUGGACACAAAUACAGAAUAUAAGAGAAAAGCACGACAAAGCUUACAACCGAUGGAUGCCUCAUAUUAACUUAAUAUGGCCGUUUGUUCCUGAUAUGGAUUGUAACUUCGAUUUAGAAUUUGUAAAAAUUAGUCAAGCUCUUAGUAAAUUAGCACCUUUUAAAGUGAAAUUCACGCAAAAAUCAUUCAGUUUUUUUGAGCACAAGCAAUGCGUUUUGUGGUUAAAUCCAUUAGAAAAUGAUCAUGAUGACAACCCACAUCCUUCCGUUAUAAAGCUACAGAAAAUCCUCCAAAAUCUUUAUCCUAACUAUUACGAUGGAACAAAGGAAUUUGUACCUCAUCUUACCCUAGGAAGAUUCCAAAGGAAGCAUAUUAAUAACGUACGAGAAAACUUCCAAAAGGAUUGGAAGGAUAUUGAAUUUGAAGUUAAUAAAAUUUAUCUGAUUAGUCGGAAAGGAUUUGAAGAUCCUUUUGAAAUUAAGAAAGAAAUUAGCUUUAACUAG